AUGGGGAGUUUUGCAGCUGAUCUGUUUCUACUCCUGCUGAUUUCCACAGGACAAGUUUACGGAGUGUCAUUCUACGGUGAUGGCUACAUCCACCUGCGGACAGUGGAGGCAUCCAUUCAGACCUUGCUUCAUGUCCGAUUUCGAACCUCCAGUCAGACAGGGCUGCUUUUUUUGGCAGCAGGACACAGAGACUUCUUGCUGCUGGAGCUGAUCUCUGGGCGUCUGCAGGUACGUCUAGACCUUGGCUCAGGUGAGCGUUCAUUACGCUCAGAAAAGAGCAUCCACCUUAGUGACUUGGGGUGGCACUCUAUGGAGCUGACUCAUGACCGCCAUAAUGUCACAAUGACAGUGGACAGAAAUUCUCAUUCCAGCCUCCGUAUGCCAGGCCCAGAUCUGGAACUCAGUGUGGAAGACGGACUCUUUGUUGGCGGAGCAGCUGAUCUGAACCACCCCUACCUUCUCAAUACCUCCUCUGGGUUUAGAGGUUGUGUGGAUGAAGUUGUGUUCAAUGAACAUAACCUGCUGUCCAGCCUAAGGCCAUAUUCUGGGUACAAGAGUGUCCAUGAGGUCUCUCUGGGCUGUAGUCCGCAGUUUUCAGCGACAGAAGAAGAUCCCAUCAGUUUUUUCAGCUCUAAAGCAUUCAUCUCACUCCCACCAUGGGAGGUGCCACAGGAGGGAGUGUUUGAAUGUGAACUUCACCCUUCUGCUAAAGAAGAAGAUGGCAUGAUCCUAUACAGCUCAGGUAACCAGGGAGAGUUUGUUGCCAUAGAGAUCAGAGAUGGUCACCUGGUGGCAACAGCAGGAAAUGGAGAGGGGAGUAAAACUGAGCUGCAUUCUUUAACACAUGUCCAUAGCAACCACACCUGGUAUCCUAUCCAAUUGCACCUGCUACCCCACAGCAUCCAGCUGAAGGUAGACAAAGAGUUAAUCAAGGCCAACCUGAGUGUGGAGCUCAAAGUCAUCCAGCUCAAAGGGCCUCUCUUCUUGGGAGGGCUGACUGAAGAAGCUCGGGGAGAGGCGAGGCGAGCUGGGUUGCUUUCUGUCAUGUCUGGAGGAGGUUCUUUUAAAGGCUGCCUCAGAGAAAUUCAGGUGAACACUCAAAGAAUGGGCCUCCCUCAUGCUGCCAUCACCAAGGACAUCACUGUGGGCUGUAAGACAGGGAAAGCCCCUGUGGUGGUGACCACCACCAACCCAACAGACCGUCCUGAGUUUGAUGUUACAAUCUCACAACCAAUUAGCAACAAUAUGAAGAACUCAAAUUUUUUGUUGCUGAGAAAGCUAGAGGUAGCAGAGGGAGGCCGGGCACCACUGGAGCCCAAACACAUAAAGGUGAAUUUGGAUUUUCGUAAAUUGGGCAUCCAUCCUUCCCAGUUGAUUUUCCGCAUUGAGGAGCAGCCUGUUCACGGCCAGCUCCGGCUGGACCUCAGUCCAGACCCUGACGGGAUGCUGGAUGAGGGACAAGAAAAAACUAUUACAAUAGGAAGCGAGGAGAAGGACCGGACUUUCAGUAUGCUGGACCUAUGGCAGGGCCGGGUGAUGUAUGUUCACAGUGGGUCAGAGGACCAGAAAGACUUCUUCAUGUUUUCAGCCUUCUCCAGCAAUAAGAAGGAACUUCCUGUGUUUCUGAAGGGCACCCGCCUGCACCGGUUUGAUAUCAGCAUCAGUCCUGUUAAUGAUGCUCCUGUGCUCAGCCUCCCAGAGGGAAACCUUUUUACUCUGCUAGAGAAGUCCAGAAGACAGCUCACAACAGAUGUGCUGAGGGUGUCUGACCCUGACAGCAGUCCUGUAGAGCUGGUUUUCAGCUCCCUUGGAAACCUCAACUCUGAGGCUGGAUACCUUGAGCACCGGGAUUACCCCGGAAGGACCAUCAACUUGUUCUCCCUAGAUGAUCUGGAGGAGGGUAAGAUCAGCUUUGUCCACACUGGGGUCUCCACAUCCAGGCUGCCGCUCAGGGUCAGUGAUGGGCAGAAGUCAAGCAACACAGUAGUUUUGCGGAUUGUGGCAGUGGCGCUCGAAUACAAACUGGUAAAUAACACUGGACUGGAGGUAAACCAAGGUGAAGCUUCCAUCAUCACCACCAAUCACCUGGCAGUACAAGUAAACGUGGCAUAUCAGGCAGUGGAAAUCCGAUAUGACAUGACAGAGUUGCCACGAUAUGGUGAGCUCCAGCGGUUGCACUCAAGUGGUGACUGGAAACUGACAACCACAUUCUCUCAGAAACUUCUUGAAAAAGAACGGAUCCGAUACCUCAGUACUUACCGUGGCCUUCAGACUCAGAGCAACAUCACUGAUCAGAUCAAAUGUAAAAUCAGCAUUAGUUCCCUGACUAGCGAGGAGGUUGUUUUCCCAAUUGUGGUACGCUGGAUCCACUUCAAGGUCACACGCAGCAAGAUGGAGGUUAAUGGUGUUCAGUCAGCUGUUGUUACCCCAGAGGACCUCCAUGUUGUUUCAAAAGGCGUCAAACUCAACGAGAGCCACCUCUACUUUAGACUCCUCACGGUACCAAAAAAAGGUCGGCUAUUCCUCAACGACAGAGUUCUGCAAAAGAACUCAACCUUCAGCCAGAAGAACAUCACAGAUAGUUUGGUGAAGUACGAGCUGCUCAGCAAGCUACACGAUGACACAAGAGACACAUUCAGCUUUCAGGUCUUUUCAACACACGCCAACUCAACAAGUUACGACUUCAGAAUCAACAUCAAAACCGAGUCAGCAGCCAUCAUUGUUGUAAACAAAGGCCUUUCGAUAUUGGAAGGAGGGAGCAAAGUCAUCUCCAAAGACAUCCUGUUCACUCACACAGCAAGUAACCGGGAGGUCCAGUACAGCAUCACUGUGAGCCCCAGACAUGGGCAAAUCAGAAAGAUCAAUCUCUCCAACUCAACGUCCAUUAACAACAAUAUUGUAGUCUUCACAAAUCAGGAUAUCAUGGAGGAGAGGAUCAUGUACGUUCAUGAUGACAGCGAGACCAAGCACGAUUCUUUCACAUUUCAAAUCAUGGUUUACAAACCACAUAAACAUACCAGCAAGAAGGAGGAUAGAAACAUAGCUGAACACACCUUUAAUAUCUCUGUACUUCUUGUCAAUGAUCAGAGACCGGUCAGGGUUGUUGAUAAAGUUUUCCAUGUGGCCCGUGAUGGCCAGAGGUUGGUGACUUUGAACUAUCUUCGUUACCGGGACGAUGAUUCUGACUUUGAGGACAGUUGGUUGGUGUACACACGGAGGGGGAUUCCCAUGGGAGAGCUGGUGCUGGCCAGUGAUCCCAGUCACAAGCUGUAUGAGUUCACACAGCGGGACCUAGAGCAGAAAAAGGUGUUGUUUGUCCACAAAGGAGUGAGUUUUGGGCGUUUUGUGCUUUUUGUAUCAGAUGGGAAACAUUAUGUUUCCACUCUACUGGAGGUGAUGGCCCAGGAUCCUUACCUCCAGGUAGAGAACAACACAGGCCUCAUGGUCCAGCGAGGUGGGAUCACGACCCUGACCUCUGCUAACCUAAGUGUCUUCAGCAACCUUGACAUCCGAGAUCCACAGGAAGUGAUAUUUGAGGUCUUCCUUCCACCUAAACACGGUGGGCUCUGCUUUAAAGAUGGAGAUCGUGACACUGUAAAAGAAGCAGAUGCAAUUUCAAUAUUCACCCAGCGGGAUCUAGUGACAGGGCGCCUGGCAUAUCACCACGAUGGCAGCCAUGAAUUGUCAGAUGGGUUCAAUGUGACGGCAAGAGCAAGGGAGAAGAGCACAGAGGGACGACUGGACAGAGGGAGGAGAGAGGUACAUCUGGACAUUGGAGUGCCGGUAAAAAUUUACCUAGAGAGUCAUCAGAGGCCGCCGACAAUCAUAAGCAACCAUCCAGUGGUGGUGGCGGAGGGACAGAAUGUCUCCAUAAGCAGGGAACAUUUAGAGGUGGUCCAUGAGGACAGCCAGCCCUCAGAGAUAAUUUUUACUGUCCAAAGUCCUCCCACCCUGGGCUUUCUUCAGAGGAUCUCCCCCAUCAACAAGCACCAGAACAGCAAUGGAGAACAGCAGCACCUCUAUCAGGGUAUCAGAGAGGAGCAGACAACUUCCUUCACCCAGGACGACCUGAACCGGGGACUGAUCAUCUACCACCAGCAGGCUGCAGGAAGCACCAACGACUCUGUUCUGUUGGAAGCAACCAACGGGGUCACAAAGGUCGGACCUAUCAGGCUGGAGAUCGACAUCAUUCCCAUCCUGCUCCCUCUACAGGUGUCUGACUUGACCCUUGAUGAGGGGUCAUCCCUGCCUCUGACCUCUGACAUCAUCAAGGUCGCCAAUCAUCACUUCUCAGGCAUGAACUUCCUGUAUCAAGUCAUCGAUCCACCUCGACAUGGGCACUUGGAGCACAGCCGGAUACCGGGGAUGCCCAUCACUGCUUUCACACACACAGAGGUGGAACGCGAGUACAUCUCCUAUAUCCACGAUGGCAGCGACACGCUGAGAGACAACUUCACCAUCGUGGCCAAUCAGACAGAAAUCAGGAAGCACAGUUUGCCCUGCACCGUUCACAUCCGUGUCACCCCGGUCAAUGAUGAGACUCCUGUCAUUACAGCCAACCGGGGUCUGAAGGUAUGGGUGGGUUCGGUGACAGAAAUCACCACAGACGAUCUUAACGCAGAGGACUCUGACACUCCGUCUGAGGGGCUGGAGUUCAUAGUCACACCACCCAGCAAUGGCCACCUGGCUCUGAAGAGCGCCCCCUCCAGACACAUCCUGAACUUCACCCAGAAUCACAUACAAAGUGGACAGCUGGUGUUUGUCCACAGUGGUGUGUUGUCAGGUGGCUUUCACUUCCAGGUGAACGAUGGUGUUAACUUUGCCCCUCGUCAGAUCUUCAGCACGACUGCCCACUCUCUGGUCCUCACUAUGAGGAGAAACCACCCAAUGGAGGUCUACCCAGGCUCUGUGACACCAAUAUCUGAGCAGCAGCUUCAGGUGGUAACCAAUGACAUCAGCAUCAUCAGAAGAAACCACUCUGUGGUGUUUGCGGUGACCACUCCUCCUAAACUUGGCCGGCUGCUCCGACGUAUGCCUGACAACUCUACACGAAACAUCUCUACAUUCACACAGAGCAUGGUGAAUGAUGGUGUCAUCCUGUAUGAUCAGAACAAGCCGGAGUCAGUGGGGUGGUCCGCUGCAGACACUUUCUCUUUCACUGUGUCCUCUCCUCCUGCUUUCCUUCCUCCACACACCUUCACCAUCUUAAUCUCCUACCAGGCCAAUGAACACCAUGACAACCCUCAACACAAGACCAGACUACUGAACAACGCAGGUGCUGUGGUGGCAGAGGGAGGCAGGGUCACGAUUGACAGGUCUAAACUCGACGCUUCCAAUCUCCUGGGGAAAGUCCCAGAGCCCCACAGGAAAGAUCACCACAUCCUGUACCAUGUGAUUUCUCUGCCACGUCACGGGGCUCUGACUAUACGAGGACAUAAUCUCACCAGAGACCAACCAGAUUUCUCACAGAUCACCUUGAAUAAGUUCGGCAUCACGUACAUCCACGACGACUCUGAAACGACGAGCGACAGCUUCACUUUCCGGGCUUGGGUGGCUCCUUUGGAUCUCUCUUCCUCUUCCCUGCCAUCUUCCUCUUCCCUGCCAUCUUCCUUGUCUGCUUUUUCCUCUGAUUCCUCGUCUUCUUCCUCCUCUUCCUCCUCCUUUUCCCCUCUCUACUCUGCCUCAUCACCCUCCUUAUCAUCAUUAGACAUGGUUUCUCAUCGGCGAGUCAAGGACAGCCUGGCGGUGACAGAGACAUUCAACAUCACAGUGACACCGGUUAACGACCAGCCGCCACUCAUCAGGAGCAGAGCCCCGAGUAUGAAGGUGGUGGUCGGCGAGAGAGUCGUACUUGGCCCAGACAGUCUGCAGGUUGAGGAUCAUGACACGCCCCCAGAGGAGCUGCACUACCUUGUGAUCAGUAGGCCCAACAAUGGCUACCUGACGCUGGGGGAAAGACCAGAGCCAGUGACCUCUUUCACCCAGUAUGACGUCAACCACGGCCGGCUGCACUUUACACAGCAGGGUGAGCCCUCGACAGGAGUUUUCUACUUCAAUGUAACCGACGGUUACCACCGUCCACUCUACAAACUGUUUAGUUUGGAGGUGAUAAAACCUUCUGUCUCCAUGGUGAACAACACUGGCCUGUCAUUGGUUCAAGGCAGGACUGCUGUGGUCCUGUCAACCAACCAGCUGGCAGCUCAAACCAACGGUCGCAGCCAGGCCAACAUCACCUACACGGUCACCACACACCCUCGCCACGGGCGCAUCGCUAUUAACGACAAGGAGGUCACAACCUUCUACCACGAGGACCUGCAGUUUGGUCGUGUUGUCUAUCACAUGACUGAUCUCAGUGAGUCAGAGGACAGCUUCCAAGUCUCUGUGUCAGCCUCGUUGGCCGGUGUUGAUUAUGGGAAUGUAACGGCACAGACAGUGAAGGUGACAGUGCGGCCCCUGAUCUACCUGAGGGAACCGGUCAGAGUACCCAGUGGCAUCCCUGUGAAGCUGGGGAAAGCCAUGAUUGAUGCCUCUGAGCUGGCCAGAAUCAGCCGAGCCGACCCAGUCUUUGAGGUUCUGUCUCCACCAAAACAUGGAAAACUAGUCAAGAUGACCUAUGACCCUAACAAAGCAUCAGAGGUCCUGAAGUCGUUCACUUUCAGAGACGUGGUGCAAGGCCGAGUCGCCAUCGAGGAGAUUCUCAGGGACAGUGACAACCAUCUCCCUGAUAACAAAUCCACACUCACGACAACUCGAGGCCACACCCCCGCCAGGCCUCUCAACGAUUCGUUCAUCUUCCUAGUGAAGGCUGGAAAUGUCCAACCAGCGAAAGGUGAGCUUCACUUCACCAUCUUACCCCACCACCAGAUGCAUCAUGGUCCAGGUGGUUUGAAUAAAGCAGAUGGUGCAAGUCGUGAACACACUACCACCCGUCUGCCGACACAUAAUAGAACUACUACAGGAGGAGGAAGAGGAGGUGGACGAGGGGGAUCCACAACGCACAGCGGUGUUGAGGUGGGUUUGCACCCCCACAUUUUGUCUCAUAAAAACCACAACAGGACACAGCACAAAUUGAGGCCUCACGGCCGCUGGGGGAACCACACGCGCAAUGGGAGUCAUGGAGGAAGAUCAGGGAGCGGUGCAGAGGGAGCUGGAGGGGGCCACAGUCAUGCUCCACAACCCCACACUCCUUCUGUCUCAGACAAACACACUCCGGCGAACCCUCCUGACCCCCACCUGGUUCAGGUCGAGGUCCUCCCUCGCCCCGCCUCAGACCCCCUCCUCAUUAUCCUGCCGCUGCUGGCCUGUUUGCUCCUCAUCAUUAUUCUGGUGAUUUUGAUCCUUGUGUUCCGCCAUCGCAAGGAGAAACAGGCCCGACUGCGGAUCAUCCAGGAGCUUGCUGCAGUGCCGUUACCCACUGAGGGCAGUCCUUACAUGGGCCGGCCAGAACGGAGUGUGGCGAUGCCAUCUGUGGUAGUCACCCCUCUUGGUCCUGCAAGCUGCCCUACCUCACCAAGGGUACCCAUGAGUCCCAGGAGGAGGAGUCUGGCCCCUGGGAUGACCUUCUGGGGGCCAUUUGAUACUGAUGGCGCAGUUGACAAUAGGAAUAUUAGAGAUGGUUACAGCAAUGUAAGAAAUGAGACUUGUGGUAAUACGCUCCCAGCUUCAGGAUUCAAGACCUCUGGGAGAUCUAGGUCCCUUACUCCGACUCUUAAAGACAACCAGUACUGGGUUUGA